GCCAGAACAGAGAGUAUUAUUUAGGUCCCCACAUCAAAGAUAAUAAAAUAUUAAUAGCCACUUCUCUUUCCACUGGGUCUCUCGCUAUACAUCUCCGCUCCCUCUUUUCUCUACUCAAGCUGAACGGACGCUCUGAUUUCGAACGAAAUGGGGGUAUAUCUAAGCACCCCCAAGACUGAGAAGUUCUCGGAGGAUGGUGAAAAUGAGAAUCUUCGAUAUGGGUUGUCCUCUAUGCAAGGGUGGCGUGCCACAAUGGAAGAUGCUCAUGCAGCUUAUCUAAACUUGGACAAUUGUACAUCUUUCUUUGGUGUUUAUGAUGGCCAUGGAGGUAAAGCAGUGUCUAAGUUCUGUGCCAAGUAUCUUCACCAACAGGUGCUCAAGCAUGAAGCUUAUUCGGCAGGAGAUAUAGGUACUUCUGCACAGAAAGCUUUUCUCAGAAUGGAUGAGAUGAUGCGUGGACAAAGGGGUUGGAGAGAAUUAGCUGUAUUGGGAGAUAAAAUGGAUAAGUUUUCUGGCAUGAUUGAAGGUCUAAUAUGGUCGCCUAGAAGUAGUGAAGUUAAAGAUAAUCAUGAUGAUUGGACUUCUGAGGAGGGCCCCCACUCUGAUUUUCAUGGACCAACUUGUGGAAGCACAGCUUGUGUUGCAAUCAUUCGAAAUAAGCAACUUGUUGUUGCAAAUGCGGGUGAUUCUCGUUGUGUGUUAUCAAGAAAGGGUCAGGCUUAUAACUUGUCAAAAGAUCACAAGCCUGACCUUGAGGUUGAGAAAGAUAGGAUACUCAAAGCAGGUGGUUUUAUACAAGUUGGGCGUGUCAAUGGAAGUUUAAACUUGGCAAGGGCUAUUGGAGAUGUGGAGUUCAAGCUGAACAAAGCUUUGCCUGCUGAAAAGCAGAUUGUGACCGCCAAUCCAGAUAUCAAUUCUAUUGAGCUUUGUGAUGAUGAUGAGUUUCUGGUUUUAGCUUGUGACGGGAUUUGGGAUUGCCUUUCAAGUCAACAACUCGUGGAUUAUGUCCGGGAUCAGUUGGCCAUGGAAACAAAGCUUUCUACCAUCUGCGAGAGAGUAUUUGAUCGGUGUUUGGCUCCGGUGGCUGGUGGUGAAGGAUGUGACAACAUGACCAUGAUCUUGGUUCAAUUUAAAAAACCUUAUAAAGCUGGCGCUUCUGUGCCUGAGCACCCAUCUGCUGGCAAUCAAUCAUCUUCUCGUGAUGUGCCAUUGUCUUGUGAUCAACCAUCUGAGCCAGAAAGAAGUCAUGCCGAUACUGAAUCACAAUCUGAGGCUGAAAGAAAUCCAGCAGAAAUUGAAUCGAAGUAGUUGGAAACAUUUCUACUGACACUUUCUACUGUCUGAAAGCACUGGUGUGCGCAAGAAUUACCGACCUGAAAUUUUACAUUUAGAAAGUGAUUCUGAUCAUAUGCUUGUAAAUAUUUAAAAGCAUUUUCAUUGAUUAUAUGGUAUUUGAUGACUUACUAUC